CGAUUUUCUCGCCAACGAACGCCAGGAUGAUGCGGUUCGGGACCAAGAUCCCGUACCUCGGCAACAAGAGCAGGGAAGACGAGCCCUCUCGUCCCGACGAGGUCCCGAUCGCCGGCUACACCGAUCGGCUCUCCGCGAGGCCCGGGGACACGGUCCGGUUCUACCUCUCAACGCCGCGCUACGUGCUGGAUGCCCCCGAACACGCCCGGUUCUACUCCAACACGGACGACGAGGACGAGCAGGAGGAGAAAGAGAAGGAGAAAGAGGAGGAGAAGGAGGAGGAGGAGCUUGUCGGCAAGGACAGUUCUAACAACAAAGGCAGUUCUAACAGCAACGACAACGGCAAUUCUAACAGCACGGACAAUUCUAACAGCAACGACAAUGACGACGACAAUGACGACAACGACAACGACAACGACAACGACGACAACGACGAAAAAAUGAAGGUGAGGGCUCGGCUGACCCGCAUCGUCCGCUCCGAUCCCAAUCCGAUCACGGGGGGAAUCGAGGAGUUCGAGGAAUCGAGGCACUUUCCCGAGCGCACGAUCCUGGUGGGCCACCAGCCGGUCCCGGGGGGGUCCUCUGCCGAAACGAGGUCGGACCUGUCGGUCGAGCCGCAUCCCCCCCGUGAUCCGGUGGAGGACCAGGAACUCACCGUCCGUUUGUGGUUCUGUCCGACCCUGGUCCACGCGGAACGAAACGGCCACGACCACGAAGCCUGGAGCCUUCCCCCCUGCGCCAAGCGGAGGAAACUGAGCGGUGGGAGCCACCGCACCAAAGCUUUCCGAGACGAACCCGUUCAGAACGUCUGGUCCUGGGGCACCGACCUGCGGCUGGACCUCCUGCCCACGGGAAACCUCUCGCUCGUCUACGACAAGGACGGGAGAAAGGUUUCCCUCACCCACUCGAGGGUCCUCGGGGAGCGACGCUGGUACCACGUUGUUGCGGUCCUGAAGCUCGCCCCGUCGUUGAUCGCGUCCGGCCGCAGCGUGGCGCUGCACUUGUCGGUCCACGACGUCGACAAGGGCGGCAACACCGACCGGCAUUGGCACGAAAUGCACGGCGCCAGCUUUCCCGGCGACUCCCCCAUGAAAGCCUUUCUGCCGAGUGGUCCGUUCUGUCUCGGCAGGAACGGCUCGCUGAACGGCCGGCUCGAGAAUCCCUCCGUCUCCCAAACCCUCGGACACAACAGCAACACCAGUCAGAGCAACAGCAACAACAACACCGACGAGAACGAGAACGAGGAGGAAAUCACGAUCGCGGCCUGGGACUUUUCCUGCGUGCCUUCCGGAGCCGGCGGCGGCGGGGAUCUCUGGACGAUCCCGUCUUGCGCCAAGCGCACCGGACGCGGGCCUCUGGCAAAGAACUCCGAACACCACGGCCACGCCCUGGUGCUCCACCACCACCCCACCCGGGGGGUCAGGGGGCACCGCUGGGACGGGAGCGACUUUUGCUGGAGGCACCGGCCCGACCACUAUUCGGCGAUCCACUUCCACGACGACGACGUGUACGAUUUCGGGUGGGAACCGAGCAUGGAGUGGACGGUCCCGGAGGGCAUCCCGUCCGGCGUCUACGUGAUGCGGUUCGAACCGAAGGAUCCGACGGUCCUCUUCGACCCGCAGUGGGAAGAGGCACUCCCCCUGUUCAUCUGUGCCCCCCGGGAGACGACGGCCGGAGCCGGAGACGAAGCCACCCAGAGCGAAGCCGCGCCUCUAGAGGAAAAGGAGGAAGACAAGCAGGAGCAGAAGGUCAAUGAGGAGGACAAGGAGGAGGAAAAGGAGCAGAUCAGGGAGGAGGAUAAGGAGGAGGAUAAGGAGGAGGAYAAGGAGGAGGACAGGGAGGAGGACAAGGAGGAGGACAAGGAGCAGAUCARKGAGRAGGACAAGGAGCAGAUCAGGGAGRAGGACAAGGAGCAGAUCAGGGAGGAGGACAAGGAGGAGGACAAGGAGCUGAUCAAGGAGGACAAGGAGGAGAAAGACGAGAAGACACCGAAACCAAAGGAGAGGAGACUCGUUCUGCUGAUCCCCACCUUUACGUACAUUAUGUAUGGAAACCACGCGCGGCCGGAGUUCGAGGCCGAGGCGUGGACGGACCGGACCACCAAGGCCUCUCCCGAGGGUGCCUACCCCUUCAACCCCUCCCUCUACCCUGCCUACGGGCUCUCCACCUACAACACACAUUCCGACGGUACCGGGAUCCACUUUGCCUCCCACCGGAGGCCCCUCUUCAACAUGCGGCCCGGAUUCAUCACCUUUGGCCGGCCGGGAGACUUUUCGAAACACGCCGAAACGAGGGGAACCCGCACCAAAACCAACGGAAACGAAACGGACGAAGACGAUGCUCCAUCCGCGCCCAAUUGCUCGGGGCUGCGGCACUUCCCGGCAGAUGCCCACAUAUUGGACUGGCUCGGCUUUGAGGGGUUCGAGUUCGACAUCAUCACCGACCACGAGCUGCACUCCGAGGGGGUGGAAGCCCUGGAUCGGUACACGACGCUCAUCACCGCCACCCACCCCGAGUACCACACGGAAGAGAGCCUAAACGCCCUCCAGCGGUUCCGGGACGAAAAAGGCGGAAACAUUAUCUACCUCGGCGGGAACGGGUUCUACUGGAAGAUCGCCGCGGCACCGGUGUCCCCUGGCGGCGGCAGCGGCGGCGACGCCCGAUCCAAUCCUUCUUCCCCGUACCCCGAUCUGCUGGAAAUCCGGCGGAGCGAGGGCGGGGUCCGCACCUGGGCUUCCGAGCCCGGGGAGUACUACAAUUUUCUCGACGGCGGGAGCUACGGCGGGCUGUGGCGCAACGCCGGCAGGCCCCCCAACGACCUGGUCGGGAUUGGAUUUUGCGCCCAGGGGGGCUUCGUCGGCAAGCCCUACUACCGCAGCUGCUGGGAUCGGUCCGACAUUACCAAGUGGGUCUUUCACGGCCUCUCCCUCUCGCAGACGGAGUGUUUCGGGGAUUUCGGGCUCUCCGGCGGCGGGGCCGCGGGAUACGAGCUGGACCGUGUCGAUCCCUCCGAUCCACGGGUCAAGGACGGGACCAUCGUGGUCCUGGCGUCGUCGGCGCCUCCCCCGGGGGACGGCGCCGAACCCGCUUCCGGAGGCCGGAGCGGGAACGGGCUUUCCCUGGUUCCGGAAGAAGUCCUCACGCCCUGGACCAACAAGGCGGGGAUCCCCAACGAAGACGCAAGUCGCGCCGACAUGGUGUAUUUCCGCGUCCCAGAGAGCGGCGCCCAGGUCUUCUCGGUGGGAUCCAUCACCUUUUGCGGGUGCCUCCCCGUCAACGAGUACGAAAACCCCGUGUGCACCAUCCUCCGGAACGUGGUGGAACGCUUCCACGAGUACGAGGAAGGAGUGGACCCGACGAAACCACCACCGGGCCUCUUCGAUUCCUGCUGAGCCCCGGGUGGGGGCCGGAGGACCCACCCAGGGAUCACACUCCAACCAAAAAAAAUUCUCUCCGGCGAUGCGCAACAUGCAAACAACGCCUUUCCUCUCCAACGAUGCGCACCAUGUAAAUAAGAAACAGCGGCAUGCCAAUCCAAUCCAUCCAUUCGUGAUCGAUUCGUAACAGUUUGCUUGCUGCGAAAUCCCGAACAUACCGCUAAUACACAAAAAAGAGCUAC